AUGGUUCUUAGGCCUAUUAAUGCUGUACUUUUUGUGUUGUUGCUUUGUGUAGUUGACAAUGUUUGUUGUGAAAAUCAUGUUGGAGAGGAGACAACUCUGAGUGGAUAUCUUGAGGGUAAUAGUCAAAUUGGUUGUAUCUCCAAAACACACAUAUCAUGUGGAGUUAUUAAAGAUAUAGAUGAAGGACAUGAAGUGGUUAACCUCACAGGAGGACUAGAUGAUGAUAUUAGAGAAGGACUCAAGGAUUAUAUAAAGGACUCGCAAGCGGAAGUUGUUACAACAUUGCCUGGUACACUUGUAAACCAAAUUACUAGAGGCCUUACUAGUUUUAUUCAAUUUGUCCUUGCUAUUAUUAAUCCGAACCCGGUGCUUGGUGGAGGGGAUGGGGGAAAUAAUCAAGGUGGAACAGGUGGUGGUGGAGUAGGGGGAAAUAAUCAAGGUGGAACAGGUGGUGGUCUGAGGUGA